AAUGAGUGUGUAUGUAAGAGAGAGAGAGAGAGAGCGAGAGAGUAAGAGAGAAGGCUGUUUUUUUUUCUUUCUGCUCUUUCUUAUUCACUCUCUCUUCAAGCAGGCAGAGCAGGACUGAGUGAGAGGAGGAGAGAGACGCAGACGCGUGCAGACCAGAGCGCAGCACAGCAACUCCACAAAGACAAGAAAGGAAAAGAGUUUGCAAGAAGGAGAUUAAGAGAAAGAAAGCAGCCUUUUUUUUUUACAUCAGCAGAAACUGUGGUGGAGAUCAUAAAAUCAGGAAAGAGGAAAAAAGAGGAGUUGUAUUCUUCAGAACUAGGAGGACAAUAUUAGCAUUUGUUUUUUCAAAUCUAUUUAUAUUCACCAGAUAUUUCUAUUAAUAAUUGUAGAGGACUUGUAAGGUGUAGCAGGACUCAGAGAGAGGGAGAGAGACACAGAGACACAGAGAGGAGGUGGACAGAGAAGUAGAGGUCUGUGGCUACAGUGCUGGAGAACAUGCCUGUGAGGGGCAGCUGUCUUAGGGCAAACAUGGGCAACGUGGCUGGGCAACUGCCCUGGAUGUGGGCGGUGAUGCUCUCAGCCCUGCUGCUGGGCAAUGCCAGCGCCUGUCCAGCUCUGUGCUCCUGCAGCGGCACCACAGUAGACUGCCAUGGACUGGGACUCAAGUCAAUGCCAAGGAAUAUCCCCCGCAACACUGAGAGACUGGAACUGAAUGGAAAUAACCUCACACGCGUCACUAAGAGUGAUUUCGCCGGACUCAAAUACCUGCGGGUUCUGCAGCUGAUGGAAAAUCAGAUUACAGUGAUAGAACGUGGGGCAUUCGAUGACAUGAAGGAGCUGGAGAGACUGCGGCUGAACCGUAAUCAACUGCAGCAGCUUCCUGAGUUGCUGUUUCAGAAGAACCCGGCUCUGUCUCGACUGGAUCUGAGUGAGAACUAUAUCCAGUCCAUCCCCAGAAAAGCCUUCAGAGGAGCUACAGACAUCAAGAACCUUCAGCUGGAUAAAAACCACAUUGGCUGCAUCGAGGACGGAGCCUUCAGAGCUCUGAGGGGUCUGGAAGUGCUAACACUGAACAACAACAACAUCAGCAGCAUUCCCGUCUCCAGCUUCAACCACAUGCCCAAACUACGAACAUUCCGACUCCACUCCAACAACCUGAACUGUGACUGUCACUUGGCCUGGUUGGCCCAGUGGCUCAGACAGAGACCAACACUUGGCCUUUUCACCCAGUGUACCAACCCUCCUGAGCUCCGAGGACUUAAUGUGGCCGAGGUGCAGAAAAAUGAAUUCAGCUGCUCAGGUCACCAGGACUCUCCAAACCUGCAGCCUUGCAGCACAGGUGGCGGUUCUUGUCCUGCCAUGUGCACCUGCAGUAACAACAUUGUUGACUGCAGAGGGAAGGGACUCACCGCCAUCCCAGCCAACCUGCCUGACAGCAUGGCCGAGAUACGUCUGGAGCAGAAUGGCAUUAAGUCUGUUCCUGCCGGAGCCUUCUCGCCCUACAAGAAGCUGCGUAGGAUUGACCUGAGCAACAACCAGAUUUCAGAAAUCGCUCCCGACGCCUUCCAGGGCCUUCGCUCUCUCAACUCUCUUGUCCUUUAUGGAAACAAGAUCACGGACCUUCCCAAAGGGGUGUUUGAUGGUCUUUACGCCCUGCAGCUGCUGUUGCUGAAUGCCAACAAGAUUCACUGCAUCCGUGCCAACACCUUCCAGGACCUGCAGAAUCUGUCACUGCUCUCCCUCUAUGACAACAAGAUCCAAACCCUGGCCAAGGGCACCUUCGCUUCACUGCGAGCUAUACAGACCCUACACCUGGCCCAGAACCCCUUCAUCUGUGACUGUAAUCUGAAGUGGCUGGCAGAUUACCUUCGCUCCAACCCCAUAGAGACCAGCGGAGCUCGCUGUGCUAGUCCACGUAGACUGGCAAACAAACGAAUCGGACAGAUAAAGAGCAAGAAGUUCCGCUGUUCUGCCAAAGAGCAGUACAUCAUCCCAGGUACCGAGGACACACGUCUGAAUACUGCCUGUAACAGUGACCCGGUGUGUCCUCCCAAGUGUCGCUGUGAGUCCAACGUGGUGGACUGUUCCAACCUGAAGCUCACCAAGAUCCCGGAGCAGAUCCCAUCAUCCACCACUGAAAUCCGCCUGAACAACAACGACAUCACCGCCCUGGAGGCCACUGGAGUUUUCAAGAACCUUUCCCAGUUGAAGAAAAUAAACCUCAGCAACAACAAAAUCACAGAGAUCGAAGACGGAACAUUUGAAGGUGCGUCCUCCGUCAUUGAGCUUCAUCUUACAGCCAAUCAGAUCGACUCGGUGCGCAGCAGGAUGUUCCGUGGCCUGGAGGGACUGCGUAUGUUGAUGCUGAGGAACAAUAAGAUCAGCUGCGUCCACAACGACAGCUUCACCGGUCUGCACAACGUGCGGCUGCUCUCUCUGUAUGACAACCAGCUGACCACUAUCACACCUGGAGCCUUUGACACCCUGCAGACCCUCUCCACCCUUAAUCUUUUGGCCAACUCCUUCAACUGUGACUGCCGGCUGGCGUGGCUGGGCGAUUGGCUGAGGAGCAGGAAGAUCGUGACAGGAAAUCCUCGCUGCCAGCGUCCUGCUUUCCUGAAGGAGAUCCCUUUGCAGGACGUGGCUCUGCCUGACUUCCGCUGCGAAGAAGGCCAAGAGGAGUCAAGCUGUGUGCCCAGACCCCAGUGUCCCAGUGAAUGCACUUGCCUGGAGACGGUGGUGCGCUGCAGCAACAAGCACCUCCACACACUGCCUAAAGGCAUCCCCAGAAAUGUGACUGAACUGUAUUUGGAUGGAAACCAGUUCAGUGUUGUGCCAAAGGAACUGUCUGCUUUCAAAUACCUACAGCUGGUGGACCUGAGCAACAACAAGAUCAACUCACUGACCAACUCGUCCUUCGCCAACAUGAGCCAACUCACCACUCUAAUCCUCAGUUACAACUCCCUGCGUUGUAUCCCCAAAAUGGCCUUCAGUGGACUGCACUCCUUGCGACUACUGUCUCUUCAUGGGAAUGAAAUCUCUGAGCUUCCUGACGGCAUCUUCAACGACGUUGCUGCCCUCUCCCACCUGGCAAUCGGUGCCAACCCUCUGCACUGCGACUGCCACCUGCGCUGGUUGUCCGACUGGGUGAAGACAGGAUACAAAGAGCCGGGCAUCGCCCGCUGUGCCAGCCCACAUUUCAUGGAGGGCAAACUGCUGCUCACUACUCCUGCAAAGAAGUUUGAAUGUACAGGAGAUGUGGACACUGUGGUGUUGGCCAAAUGUAACCCCUGUCUGUCAGGCCCCUGUCUGAACCAGGGCAUCUGCCACAGUGACCCCGUGGAGGCCUACAGGUGCAGCUGUCCUCCAGGCUUCAAGGGUAAGAAUUGUGAGACAGCACUGAACGCCUGUGUAAGUAACCCCUGUUCAAAUGGAGGGACCUGCCAGUUGAAUGAGGAUGAGGAGGGAGAAUACAGUUGUACUUGCCCCCUGGGCUUCGAGGGUCCCACUUGCCAAACCAACAUCGACGACUGCGAAGACAACGACUGUGAGAACGGAGCAACCUGCCUGGACGGAGUCAACAACUACACCUGCCUGUGUCCCCCAUAUUAUACCGGGGAGAUGUGUGAAGAAAUGGAGGACGUGUGUGCCCCAGGACGAAGCCCCUGUCAACACGACUCCACCUGCCUCAUCACCUCCAACGGACCAAAGUGUGUGUGCUCUCCUGGUUAUGUCGGUGAUGACUGCAGCGUUGAUUAUAACGACUGUGAGGAGCACCGCUGUCAGAACGGAGCCAAGUGUGUGGACGAACUCAACGGAUACUCGUGCGUCUGUCCUGAAGGAUACAGCGGUCAGCUGUGUGAGGUUCCUCCCUCUCCUCUGUCUCUGUGUGAGCUGGCCGACUGUCAGAACAAGGCUCCGUGUGUGGAGCGAGGUGGACGGGCCAUAUGUCAGUGUCCUCCAGAGUUUGGAGGACCACGCUGUGAGAAGUUGGUCAGUGUCAAUUUCAUUGACAGGGACUCCUACCUGUUGCUCUCUGACCUGAAGAACUGGCCCCAGGCCAACAUCACCCUCCAGGUGUCCACGGCUGAGGACAAUGGAAUUUUGUUGUACAAUGGAGACAACGAUCACAUCGCAGUGGAGCUUCACCAAGGUCACGUCAAGGUCAGCUAUGACCCGGGCAGCCAACCAGGACAUGCCAUUUACAGUACUGAGACCAUCAAUGAUGGCCAGUUCCACACGGUGGAGCUUGUGACCUUUGACCAGAUGGUGAACCUGUCUAUUGAUGGUGGUCUCCCAACCACAAUGGACAGCUUCGGGGCAGUGCGGCCCCUCAACGGGGAGGCUCCACUAUACGUGGGGGGUAGGGGCCCUCUCCAGAACACACCUUCCUCCUCUGCAGGAAUGCGGGUGGAUGUGCAUUCCAGUGGUUUAUGGCAAAUCCAAAAUGGCUCCAGUUUCCACGGUUGCAUCCAGAACCUUUACAUCAACAAUGAGCUGCAGGACUUCACCAAGACCCAGAUGAAGCCCGGUGUGGUUCCAGGCUGUGAACCCUGCAAGAAACUCUACUGUGUUCAUGGCAUCUGCCAGCCCGAUGGAGUCCACGGACCAGUGUGUCACUGCCAGCCGGGCUGGAGCGGACCACACUGUGACCAGCCUGUCAGCAACCCCUGUCAGGGCAGCAAGUGUGUCCAUGGGAAGUGCAUCCCACUGGACUCCCAGUCAUACCGCUGUGAGUGUGACGAGGGUUACCGCGGUGCACUCUGCAACCAACAGGGGGAGCUCUUCAAUCCCUGUCGGCGCUUGUCAUGCAAACACGGUCGCUGUCAGAUCUCAGACACGGGCGACGCCUACUGUCACUGUGAAAGUGGUUACACUGGUCAACUGUGUGACACAGAGUCAGAGUGCCGAGGAGAGCCCAUGCGCGACUACUACCAGGUCCAGCGAGGCUACGCCAUCUGCCAAACGACACGUGUGGUCUCUUGGGUGGAGUGCACAGGGGCUUGUGACACGGGGGCCUGCUGUGCCAGCCAGCGGAUGAAGCGCCGGAAAUACACCUUUGAGUGCAGCGAUGGAACCUCCUUCUCCGAGGAGGUGGAAAAGACCAUCAAGUGUGGCUGCGUGGGCUGCAUGUAGCAACAUUCACUCAUUUCCAACCACUGCUGUGGAGCAGAAGAAAGAGUAGGAUGAAAAGAAGAAGUAGAAGAAGAAGGAGAAGGGAAGGAAGAGAGGACGAGAGGGGAAAAAGCAGGAGAGAGAGAUUAUAAAGAAUAUAUAUAAAACCUCUAUCUAUAUAUUAUGAACAAUGUUUGUAAAAUAGGACAUUUUCCUCCCCUUCCAAGGGUGUGUGACCUACAGUAACACAGAGAAACCAACACCGCCAACAACACCCAUUGUUCCUGCAACAUUGUUCCAUGGCUCCAGACAUUUGAAAGGUGUUAAGGAAUCCCACCAACCCAGUUAGCCCAGUGUGAAUAACCCCAUCCAUCUGUGAGGCCCCAGUCACCAUCUCCAAUAUUUACUUUGUGGAGGCAGUGAGGACAAAAGCGGUCCAGUCUGGAAGGAGAAAGCAGAAGAGGAGCAGUGAAAGAAGCUGAGAGACACAAAGAGAGCUGGAGCGUUGGACUUGGCGGAGCUGUCUUGAGUUGAGCUUGGCUGGCCAGGACUGGACCGGAAUGGACUAGGCUGGACUGGACUGGAUGUGGUGUUCGGGAUCGAGUUGUCGUUGGCUAACUGUAGCAAUCACUUUUUUCCUUAACAGGAUUCAGUCCAAUCCAACCACGUACAUGCACAUGUUGAAGCAAAGAACAAGGAAACGUUGACAGAGUUAGAGCGGCACAUAAUCCAGUGCAGAUGUCACGGCGACGAAGGCCACAAGGUUCGGUGACGGUGGUCACAGUGGUAUAAGCUGUGAGGUACUGCAACGUAGACACUCCAUGACAGUAGAGACUGCACUGAGCGGCAGCACUGAACACACACACACACAUGCAUGACAUGAUACAUACAUUCACCAUGAAUUACAUGGGAAAGGCGCAAAAACACAGAUUCUCUUCUGAUUGCAAACAAGUCUGAAGGUUGUCGGGCCCGGCCGUCAUCAGUCACCCAGCAUGCAUUGCCUCAGGGUUAGGAUGAUUUUCAAAAGUCCCGCCCCCUUUUGUCAAGCAGGAGCCCCGCUCCACUUGAUGCUUGCAGUAUUAAAAACGAUUGCAUGUGUGGAGAGAGUUUGCCAACAGUAGAGCUUUCUAAAAUGUCACUAUAAAUGUACGGAUAAAACAGAAAAACAAGAAACAAGGUCGCAGAGUCCUCUCUGAAUUUUUUUUUAUUCGUUGUUUCUGAUUUCUCAUAUUGAUUUUGUUAUAUUUUGUUAUAAUUUUCUUAUGAUGCAACCUAACUCCUCUAGCUGCCCCUACCCCAUUCCCUUUGUGCCUCUCCCAGCAUCCUCUUAUAUAGAAAUACCAUAACAGAUUCUAAUAUAUAUAUAUAUAUAUUUGUAUUUCAUUUUGGUAUAGUAUUUUUCUAUGUUAAAGAAUAUGUCUGUUUUUAAACCUCUGGGAAGGCCUUCACUUCUCUGAGUGCUUUGGGUUUUCUUUUUUCUUUUUUUUUUUUGUUGUUUUUCUUUUUUUAUUUACUUUUUUUUAAUUGCGCCAGCAAAAUAAUUCAUAACAUUAAUUGGCCAAAAAUACAGCUGAAGGUUGACCUUGUUGUAUGGUGGCAGUAUUGGUCUAGAAAUAUGUUUAAUAUUGUAUAUGUUGUCUUCCAUGUGAAUAUUACAUCUAAUUCAUGAGAGUAUGUGCUUCUUUUUUAUUUAUUUUUACCUUAUGUUUUUUUCCCUGCAGUAAGUAAAAGACAGACACCAAAUGUUGAUGACUUUCAAACACCCGGACAAGGUAAAAAUAAUAAUAAUGAUUAUAAUAAAACACAUUAAAAUUCUUUUAGGUAUUUUUACCAUCAAAGGCGAAUGACAGUGUUUUUCUCCUGUGUGGCCCAGAUCAUCAGUAGCUUGGCCACAUCCACACUACUCUGUACAGUAUUUGGACUAUUUCAGAAACAUUGACCUGGUAAAAACAAAGAGUAACUACUAUGAUGUGAAAUACACUACAGAUGUGUCAAAAUGUUGAAAUAUUAAUACAUUUAAGUUUUUAGGUGCUUGUAAAUACAUUUAAUUUAAUUUGAAUUUGGUUUUGAAAAUACACAAAUCCUGAUUUACAAAAGUAUUUUGUUGUUAUUCAGAAUGACAUUAUUAUAAGAGUAACUCAAAAGAUGCACGUGUACAGAGCAGUGUGGAUGCAGCCUCUUAAUAAUCCCACCACCAAAAGAAAAUUUAAACACUUCCAUGAUGAUUUUUUUUUUUUUUUACUUAAAUGCUUGGUUGUACUGCUACAUUUGAGAAAUGUUUGCCAUGGGAAGAUGUUUUUUUUAUUUUAUUUUUUGUAAUCAAGCUCAACUAAUUAUAAGCUGCUGUCAAGCCAGAAGAAACAGGACAAAGUUGCCUCUGUGAACAGUCAUUAAAAAAAUUGGCAAAUGUGCCAGGAUCUGGGCAACUCUGUGAAGCAUUUACAUGUCUACUGAUGAUGAUGAUGAUGAUGAUGAUGACGACGAUGACCAUUAAAUGAGGAAAUUCUGGAGGGACUGUCAGUUCUGAAUGACCGUCCAUACAGAAUUAAAUAACCAGUGCCAAUUACAGUGAACAGAACAGUCAUAUCUGAAUGUAUAAAUGUGUAUAUAUAAAUAUAAGCCUAUGCUUACUCAUGAAGUGGUAACUUUUAGCUGUUAUUUAGUUUUCAGUGUGAGAUAUACAGUAGAAGUCACAUGGUUACAUGCCUAUACAUAGUGGGAAAGGCUGCAGACUUGGUACAAUUUAACGGUAUUCCCAGAAGUUUACUCUGUUUAACAAACUGUUGAUGUCAACCUAGUGGUCUGUGACAACAUUGCAACUAGAUCUCUUUAAUGGUAUUUGACAAACAGUCACUGUAUAUCUUCACAGCUCAAGCCAAGUGGCUUUUUCUUCGUGUCUUUCAUUCAAUAAUCUGCACUGCCCUCUAGUGGACUGGUGCGUUCAGCCUCCUGGUGGACAUCUUAGCAGUGCUCGUGCUAUAUUUGGAUGUAACCCAUUGAUCUGAUGACAGGACUAGACACAUAGACUUUCCAUCAUAUGAACUAUACUGCAUACAUGUGAGUGUAAACAACACGAUGUCUCUGUUGUAAUGAACCAGUGAAAACAUUUACAUAUAUAUCUGGUUGGGUUCUGUCUGUUUGCUCCUUUUGUUACAGGAUUGUUGUUGGACUUAAAAACUCAAUAAUACUGAAUGUACGUAGUGCCACCGACAAAUGUUUACCAAUCUCCACUCUUUUCAUUAAUUAAACCUAAAUGUGUGUGCUUUUAAGGGGGCAUUGUCCAUGUUUUUGUUUGUCCUACAUCAUUACUAGGAUGUAUGACGAUGUAUGCAAUUUGUGUUAGCAACGCUAACCGAUCGCGAAUUAGCAGCUAGCUGAUGCUAAAGGAUUGGGGCGAAGACUGCUACCGUCAUUUUUAGAUGCCAACUUGAUUCUAACCUUCAACCUAUACAACCUAUGCUCUUUAAAGUUAGUUUUCCUUUAGGUGAAAACAAGUAACCUCACAUUAACAAAGAUGGAAAUUCAAAAAUGACAUUUCAUGCGUUCCUUAUUUGGGUCUUUGUUGUGUACUUGUUAAAAGCUGUAACGUUACUUUUACUUAAGUAUGUUUUGUUUAAAUUUUGUACUUUGGCACAUGUUAAGUCGCAGUAAAAAAGUUAUAUAUUUUUUAAACUGUUAAAAUAAUUGCGCCCUGGACCAAGUUCAAGUCCAAGUUUUCACCGGAGUUUCAAAGUUUCCAACAGUACUUGAACGCACCUCGUGUGACAGCAGCAACACGGUAGCUAACGGCGGAGGACGAGCGAAGGAACGAGCUUUUUACAGCAGCGGUCCCCAACCUUUUUUGUACCCAGGACCGGUCGGCCGGUAUCAGCCGUUACUGUGGACCGGAUCCCAAAAAAUCCCAGAAGUGGUGGACCGCUUUUAAAGAGGAGAUCCAAAACAAACAGAGGGACCACAAAGGCAACGGGCUUCGGCGAUCGCUUUAUAUCAGCCGUGCUGACUGAUGGAACGCAACAUAAAACAGCAACUACAUCAGCAAGACCCAAGGCAAGACUGAUUCUCAGAAGCCUUGAAGUUGCAGGGAGAAAUUCCAUUUCUUAAGGGACCGUUGGGUGCAGAGCCCUGGUUUUCCCCGAGAGGUGUCUUGAUGAUGCUUUCAGCAUCAACUUCCUCUUUGACGUGCAGAGAGUAUGCGAAAGACGAGCAUUUGGACACUGACAACACCCGCAUCAAAUGCAGAUCUAUCAGUAUCACUAGUGACCCACUCCCACCCAGCCCAAUGCCACCUGAGCCAGAACAAGCGGACUCCAAGACAGUUUCAUCUACCAGGACAUGAGGAUGCUCAAACCCCUACCUUCCCCAGCCCCCAGUCACAGACAAACUUUGCUCUGCCCCUCCUCUCUGUACCUCAUGCAGAGUCUCUGCUGCACUUUCAAUUGAAAUAAGCUCUUAUCCUAUUUCAUUACAAAAUCAUUUCAUUGCUUUAAAACUCUGUUAUUACGAAGUGCUUUGAGUGAUGCCACAACAUAAGUAUUUUUAUAUUUUUAAACAGUGUGUUUAACAGUGUGUACAUAUUUGUAUUAUUGUACGUCUUCCCUUUUGUAAAUAUUUUAUUAUAUUCUUGCCUUUUUUUGUAUUGUGGGUCCAAGAAGUUUGUAAUUUCAUUUGUGCAAUAUCUACUGUAUAGUGUGUAUGGCAUGUUAGACGAUUUGACAACAUAUUGUUUGAGAAAUUUGUUUAGGAAGUUAUUGGUGUAGUAUUUUAAUGUGAUCAAAAGUUGGUGUACCAAAAAACUAUAUUAUUUUUGAAUUUUAAACAACAACAGUGGACAUAGCUAAUUAUUUUA